AUGACAGUAGUAAAUACAACUGGAGUAUUUAUAUUAUUAACUUGUCUUUUAAUUUGUGACAUAAGAUGUCUUGGAAAUACUGGCGAUUUGUUUCAAUCCAGCGAAAAGGAUAGCAAAGUAUCACAGCACGAAAAAGAUGGGGGAAAUAAAGUCAUUGUAGAUAAUACAGGUAUAAAUGUUGAUCAGAAAUCCCUCAUUGAUAAUGUAAAUGUUAAGCAUGCUUCUUCUUCUCAUGAAAAUGAGCAGCUGUUAGACUCUCUCUCUGGUCAGGGUAAUGGGCAAGCUAGCAGUAAAUCCCAGUCAGUAAAUAAUCAAGUUCCCCCUAACCACAAUACUCCUCUCUCACAUGCAACUUCUGAAUCUGGUAGUACUGAUAAACUUGUAAUUGAUGAUUAUGGGGAAGGUAAUAAGCUAGUUUUUGAAGAGUCUGGUGAUCCUGAUGAACCUUUGGUAGAUCAGAUGAAAAGAUUAAGUGAAAAAAUUAAACAAAGUCAAAAGAAGAAAAAAGUUGAAUUUGAAUUUCCCGAUGAAAAGGUAGACCCAGAGAAUUAUGAAAGUGAAAUGCUCUCAGAGCAUGUUGCAGAUCAUACAGUACCAGACAAUGCUGCUUUUAAUAGUGAUUUAAAAACAAAACUUGAGACAGAACAUGUUCUUGAUCAUGAGGAUUUUAAAACAGAAUCCAAAAUUUUUGAAAGAAGUAGUGUUGAAAAUGAAAAGGAUUUAGAGAUACAGGAGAAAUCCAUUAGGGCAAUUCUUGAGGUUGAACAAAAUGUUAAAGAGGGUAAAAAAGAGACACUUAUAGAACAAAUGCAAAACAUGGAGAAAAAGUUAAAUGAAGGAGAACUAGAUACUCUAUCAUAUGAUAAUGAAGAUGACUGGCCAAGUGAUGAAGAGCUUGAGAAACUAGUGAAAAAUGAUAAAGACAUGCCAUCGGAAUAUCUAGAUAACAGAAUGAAGUCUGAACACAAAUCUAAUGAGCCCAGUUUAGAAUUUGUUAUAGACAACACCCAUCCACCUGCUUCAGACAUAUUACCAUCAAAAACACUGCACCAAAUUAAUAAAUAUCACAACAAACAAACUGAUGAUCAAAUAAGAUUAAGAGCAACUCCUAGUUUAGAAAAUGUCAGGUCAACAGUGCAUACUUUGUCUCAGACAGAUGUGAUUGAACAAAUUGAGCCAACAGCUAAGAUGGACAUGAAAUCAACAAAGAAAUACUUAAGUGGGCAAGAGAGAAAGCAAAUGAGACUAGAAAGAAACAAAAAGCAACCGGAUACUAUUUCUGGCAAUAAACGUAUUCCUGCUCAUAUUAAAACUGUUGUUAAGCCAAUGCCCACUCAUAUGGUAGCUACAGAUACAGUUCAACAUAAAAUGAUGGAAAAACAAAUGACUGCAGCGGUAGAUGAAAACUCUAGAUUUUCUGCAACCAAGCUAGACAAUAUUAAACCUGAAGCAGGUGAUAUAGAAUUGUCUGAAGAUAAAGUUACAGGAACAAUGUAUGACACUAAUGCUUUUAAAGAAGCAGUUGUUCAAGAAACAUUUAUUGACAAGAAUACAGAAAAGACUGAGAACUUAGCACCAACUACUGCAACAGAAGAUAAAGUUCCAGUCGUGUCCGAGACUUUACCUCCACAUGGUGAAGAUAGCGAUAGACAGUCUCAGGAACAACAGUCAUCAUCAUCAUCAUCAUCUGAGGAAACUCAAGAGGAAAAGGAGAAAAAAGCUCAAGCCCAACAGUAUUUCGAGGAGGGUGAAAAGUUGAUAAACAACUCUUACAAAAAGGAUUACAUGCAAGCUUAUGAGUACUUCAAGCUUGCUGCAGAUCUGGGUCAUACAAAAGCUCUGGAACAUCUUGGAUUUGGACAUCUUUUAGGGGAUUAUGUAACACAUGACCCUGCUAAAGCCCUCAAGAUUUUUCAGGAUCUCAGUGAAAAAGGAUCACCUAAAGGACAGUUGGGACUUGGCUUCUCAUACAGCUCUGGUCUCGCAGUAAACUCUAGUCAAGCAAAAGCAUUAAUAUAUUUUACUUUCGCUGCACUGGGUGGCGAUCCUCUUGCUCAGAUGGUACUGGGCUACAGAUAUUUGUCUGGUAUCGGUGUUGAGUCAAAGUGUGAAACAGCUUUAACAUAUUACAGAAAGGUUGCAACUACAGUUGCUGAGAAUACGUCUUCUGGUAGUCCAGUAGUACAGAGAAUACGGUUACAUGAACAAGCAGAGAACAAGGACAGUGGUGUCGGGUCUAUGAUGGACGAUGAUCUUCUACAGUACUAUGAAUUCCUAGCUGAUAAGGGAGAUGUUCAAGCCCAGGUUGUGUUGGGUCAGUUGUAUUACCAGGGUGGUAGAGGUGUUCCUGUGAACCAUGAGCGGGCUCAGCAUUACUUUUUAAUGGCAUCAGAAUCUGGUAAUGGAAAUGCUUUCGCUUUUCUAGGAAAGAUGCAUUCCGAGGGAAGUCCAGUGGUGGCUCAAGAUAAUGACUUGGCAUACCAGUACUAUAAAAAGGCUGCUGAUAAGGGGAAUCCUAUAGGACAGUGUGGUCUAGGAAUUAUGCACCUGUAUGGUAAAGGUAUAGAUAAGGAUUACCAAAAAGCCUUUAAGUAUUUCACCCAGUCGUCAGACCAGGGAUGGUCAGAUGCUCAGCUUCAUCUAGGAAUAAUGCACUUUGGUGGUAAAGGUGUACGAAGAGAUUAUAAAACUGCUGUGAAAUACUUUAACUUGGCAUCACAAGGUGGUCAUGUGUUGGCAUUCUAUCAUCUAGCACAGAUGCAUGCUACUGGAACAGGUUUACUCAGAAACUGCCAUACUGCUGUAGAGUUGUACAAGAAUGUAGCUGAGCGUGGAAAGUGGGCAAGCAUGUUGAUGGAAGCUCAUGAGUUGUAUAAGAAUGGCAAUGUAAAUGAAGCUCUCCUUAAGUACACGUUUCUUGCUGAGAUGGGAUAUGAAGUGGCACAGACUAAUGUUGCUUAUAUACUAGACAAUGGGGAGAGCUCUUUGUUUGACCAGACAGAAACUUACCAGAGAGCACUGUUACAUUGGACACGUGCAGCUUCACAAGGCAGUUCUACAGUGGCUCGGUUGAAGAUGGGUGACUACCAUUACUAUGGUUACGGUACAGACAUUGACUAUGAAACUGCAGCUACACAUUAUAGAUUAGCAACAGAACAACAACAUAAUGCUCAGGCCAUGUUUAAUCUUGGAUAUAUGCAUGAAAAUGGUCUGGGACUGAAGCAGGAUGUUCACUUGGCAAAGAGGUUCUAUGACAUGGCAGCCGAGACAAGUGGAGAUGCCUAUGUUCCAGUGACCUUGGCAUUGUUUAAGCUUGGCAUGUUUUAUGGAACUGAUGUUUUUAACAAGGAGAUGGAGAGUUAUUACACAUUUUUCAAUAAGUUGGAUAUACGUUACCAGCUAGGGCCAUACUGGGACAUUUACCUGGCGACAUUUUUAGCAAUAGUUCUUGGAAUAUGUGUUGUGGUGUUUCGGCAGCAGCGGUAGCUAGGACUUCAUGUGUACGAUCGCCACUUCAUAUCUUCAGUCGUCAGUCAGAACUCUGCCAUUGUUGUUAUUUAUUGUUGAUUUUUAGCUCACCUGUCACAAAGUGACAAGGUGAGCUUUUGUGAUCGCGCGGUGUCCGUCGUCCGUCCGUGCGUGCGUGCGUGCGUCCGUAAACUUUUGCUUGUGACCACUCUAGAGGUCACAUUUUUCAUGGGAUCUUUAUGAAAAUUGGUCAGAAUGUUCAUCUUGAUGAUAUCUAGGUCAAGUUCGAAACUGGGUUACGUGCCAUCAAAAACUAGGUCAGUAGGUCUAAAAAUAGAAAAACCUUGUGACCUCUCUAGAGGCCAUAUAUUUCACAAGAUCUUCAUGAAAAUUGCUCAGAAUGUUCACCUUGAUGAUAUCUAGGUCAAGUUUGAAACUGGGUCACGUGCCAUAAAAAACUAGGUCAGUAGGUCUAAAAAUAGAAAAACCUUGUGACCUCUAUAGAGGCCAUAUAUUUCACAAGAUCUUCAUGAAAAUUGGUCAGAACAUUCACUUUGAUGAUAUCUAGGUCAAGUUCGAAACUGGAUCACGUGCCAUCAAAAACUAGGUCAGUAGGUCUAAAAAUAGAAAAACCUUGUGACCUCUCUAGAGGCCAUAUUUUUCAUGGGAUCUUCAUGAAAAUUGAUCAGAACAUUCACCAUGAUGAUAUCUAGAUCAAGUUCGAAACUGGGUCACGUGCCUUCAAAAACUAGGUCAGUAGGUCAAAUAAUAGAAAAACCUUGUGACCUCUCUUAAGGCCAUAUUUUUCAUGGGAUCUGUAUGAAAGUUGGUCUGAAUGUUCAUCUUGAUAAUAUCUAGGUCAAGUUUGAAACUGGGUCACGUCCGGUCAAAAACUAGGUCAGUAGGUCUAAAAAUAGAAAAAGUUUGUGACCUCUCUAGAGGCCAUAUAUUUCAUGAGAUCUUCAUGAAAAUUGGUCAGAAUGUUCACCUUGAUGAUAUCUAGGUCAAGUUCGAAAGUGGGUCACGUGCCUUCAAAAACUAGGUCAAUAGGUCAAAUAAUAGAAAAACCUUGUGACCUCUCUAGAGGCCAUAUUUUUCAUGGGAUCUGUAUGAAAGUUGGUCUGAAUGUUCGUCUUGAUGAUAUCUAGAUCAAGUUCGAAAGUGGGUCACGUGCCGUCAAAAACUAGGUCAGCAGGUCAGAUAAUGGAAAAAACUUUGUGACCUCUCUAAAGGCCAUAUUUUUCAUGGGAUCUGUAUGAAAAUUGGUCUGAAUGUUCAUCUUGAUGGUAUUUAGGUCAAGUUCGAAACAGGGUCAUGUGCGGUCAAAAACUAGGUCAGUAGGUCUAAAAAUAGAAAAACCUUGUGACCCCUGUAGAGGCCAUACUUGUGAAUGGAUCUCCAUAAAAAUUGGUCAGAAUGUUCACCUUGAUGAUAUCUAGAUCAAGUUCGAAACUGGGUCACGUGCCUUAAAAAACUAGGUCAGUAGGUCAAAUAAUAAAAAAAACCUUGUGACCUCUCUAGAGACCAUACUUUUCAUGGGAUCUGUAUGAAAGUUGGUCUGAAUGUUCAUCUUGAUGAUAUCUAGGUCAAGUUUGAAACUGGGUCAACUGCAGUCAAAAACUAGGUCAGUAGGUCUAAAAUUAUUAAAAUCUUUUGACCUCUCUAGAGGCCAUAUUUUUCAAUGGAUCUUCAUGGAAAUUGAUCUGAAUGUUCACCUUGAUGAUAUCUAGGUCAGUUUCGAAACUGGGUCAUGUGCGGUCAAAAACUAGGCCAGUAGGUAUAAAGAUAGAAAAACAUUGUGACCUCUCUAGAGGCCAUGUUUUUCAUGAGAUCUUCAUGAAAAUAGUGAGAAUGUUCACCUUGAUGAUAUCUAGAUAAAGGUCAAAACAGGGUCACGUACCUUCGAAAACUAGGUCAAUAGGUCAAAUAAUAGAAAAACCUUGUGACCUCUCUAGAGACCAUAUUUUUCAAUGGAUCUUCAUGAAAAUUGGUCAGAAUUUUUAUCUUGAUAAUAUCUAGGUCAAGUUCAAAACUGGGUCACAUGAGCUGAAAAACUAGGUCACUAUGUCAAAUAAUAGAAAAAACGACGUCGUACUCAAAACUGGGUCAUGUGGGAAGAGGUGAGCGAUUCAGGACCAUCAUGGUCCUCUUGUUUUAACAAAGUGAUUUUUUAGUUUUCUCUAAUAAAUGAUAAAUUGUUUCUUACAAUUCAAAGUUACGUUGUUUUCUUUCAGUUUAGGAUAUUUUAAAUUUUGAGUACUGUUUUAAGACACAGUCUGUUUAGUCUGUAAGUGCAAUUAAUGGUUUUUUUUCUCACAUUGCGUAAAAUUAUUGAUAUUAGCAGAUUUAUGUUUCUAUGAUUAGUAUACAGUGUUGUCUAUGCUUCAUGUAAUAUCCAAACUAAAAAUGUUUUUGAAAAAAGCAAAACAGAUUUUUACAGGAAUUUCUGGCAGUUCUGUUUGUUGAACAUUAAGAUGAGCAUAAAGAAACAUGGUGAACAAAUUAAAAGUCAGUCAGACUGCAUACUUGAAAAUUUAAUGACUAGCGGACUUGUUAUAGUUUUGAACUCAGACAGGGGUCAAUAGUAUAUUGUUCAGGAUUUGCUCAGAAUAUUACUUAAUCAUGAAAAUCCAGAGUGACGUGUAUAUAAUGUGUGCAUAGAAUGACUGUUACAUAUAAGAUUGAAAAAAAAAAUCAUGAAAGAAAAGUGGGUAGUGUGUUUCAGUUUGCAAACUAGUAACUUAUAGUAAUCAUAAACAUAUAUGUAGGAUCAAAUAACAUAGACUACAUAUCAGCUACUUUCUGUAUCUUGUAGAUUAUCUAUUUUUAAGUGGUUUCAUUUUUGAGGAUUUUCUGUGAAAUUUGCCUUUGCAACAAUUUGUCCGUGUUGCAUAACUGCUAGUAUUUACAUAAAUUGCCAUUCGUUGUAAAGACUGCAUUUAAACAAUAUAGAAGGAUAGAUUAGAAAUGUUUUAAUUGACCUUGUUCCUUGUACAGUGGAACCUGUCUAAUCCGAACAUGCUCGGACCAGAAAAAAAGAUCUGAUUAGAGGGGUUUUCGAAUGAAAAAUUAUCCUAUUUGUUACACAUGAUAUGUGGAUUCAUAUUUUUUGUGAAGAGACUAAUUCAAAAUAAUUAAAUUAUAAGCAACGUGUAGAUUGCUUUAAUGUAAUGUAAUAUUCAUGUUAAUUCAACUUCUCAAUAUCACUUGUAAACAUUUUUUUCACCACUCCUACAUUCCCAGAAGGUAGCCAAAAGUAGAAUAUUUUACUUGUCCUGUUAUUGUAAUGAUCAGAUUUAGCACCACUUUCAGGGAAUGAUUCAAUCAAUUUCCUGCUUUAAAUGAACAGAUUGCAAAAAGAUAUGUGAGGAAGAUACAGAUUAAUAAGGUACUUAUUGCACAUAUGUCUAUUCUUACAAAUUUUUGUUCAAACAAACUACUUGUACCUGCUUCUUUCACACCAGUGCUCAUUGCAUGCAUCUACAAAGCAAAAAUCUGACGUGACAUUUAAUUACCAGUGUUGAAGACUAUUGCUGUUGACACCUUUAUAAAGAGUAAUAGUUAAAAUUGUAAAUAGACUGAAAAAUGUCAAAAGUGAGCAAGAUUUACAUCAGAGAUAUUGACUAAGGUUCGGAUUAGAAGGUUAGAUUUUAAUGUAAUUAGAUAUAAAAAUCUCAAAAGUUUGUUUGGUUUUUGGAGUAGAGAGGUUUCAGAUUGCAAGGGUAUUUUUUACAAUAGAGAAUGAAUAAGAAAAAAUAAAACCAAACAAUUCAUUCAGUUUAGAGAGGUUUUCGGUUUAGAGGGGUUCGGAUUAGGGAGGUUCCACUGUAUUUUGUGUUUUUAUGUCAGUUUUUUGUAGUAGUUUAAAAUGAAGCUGAAAAUAAUUAGUAAAGUAUAUUUGAAAGGUGUCUUUGUAAAUAUAGUAUAUUUUAUAUAUUGGUGUAAAUAUUGUACAUAAUAUGUUGGAUAGAUUUCAUAAACUAGAUAAAUUAUCGAAUAUGGAAUUAAGAAGCCAUAGAUUCAUAAAAUCACCAUCUUUUCAUUGAAUGGGGUAUGUCAUUUGUUGUACAUUUUGCCAUAUCUGUAGAUUUGUAAAUAGUGAAAUGAAUAAUUGUCUCCUUAACUCGUGAGAAGUCUAGAAAGUCGGUUUAUGCAUUUAAGACAUUAUAGUUACCUUCAUUUUUAGCUCAUCUGAUUUUUUGAAAAAAAAUGAUGAGUUAUUGUCAUCACUUGAGCGGUUGUCGGCGUCGGCGUCGGCGUUGCCUGGUUAAGUUUUAUGUUUAGGUCAGCUUUUCUCCUAAACUAUCAAAGCUAUUGCUUUGAAACUUGGAAUAAUUGUUCACCAUCAUAAACUGACCCUGUAUAGCAAGAAACAUAACUCCAUCUUGCUUUUUGCAAGAUUUAUGGCCCCUUUUGUACUUAGAAAAUAUCAGAUUUCUUGGUUAAGUUUUAUGUUUAGGUCAACUUUUCUCCUAAACUAUCAAAGCUAUUGCUUUGAAACUUGGAAUACUUGUUUACCAUCAUAAGCAGACCCUGUACAUCAAGAAACAUAACUCCAUCUUUCUUUUUGCAAGAAUUAUUGCCCCUUUUGGACUUAGAAAAUCAGUUUUCUUGGUUAAGUUUUAUGUUUAGGUCAGCUUUAAUCCUAAACUAUCAAAGCUAUUGCUUUAAAACUUGCAACACUUGUUCACCAUCAUAAGCUGACCCUGUACAGCAAGAAACAUAACUCCAUCCUGCUUUUUGCAAGAUUUAUGGCCCCUUUUGGACUUAGAAAAUAUCAGAUUUCUUGGUUAAGUUUUAUGUUUAGGUGAACUUUUUCUCUUAAACUAUCAAAGCUAUUGCUUUGAAACUUGCAACACUUGUUCACCAUCAUAAGCUGACCCUGUACAGCAAGCAACAUAACUCCAUCCUGCUUUUUGCAAUAAUUAUUGCCCCUUUUGGACUUAGAAAAUCAUUUUCUUGGUUGAGUAUUAUGUUUAAGUAUACUUUUCUCAUAAACUAUCAAAGCUAUUGCUUUAAAACUUGCAACAGUUUUUCACCAUCAUAAGUGGACACUGUACAUCAAGAAACAUAACUCUAUCCUGCUUUUUGCAAGAAUGAUGGCCCUUUUUAUACUUAGAAAAUCAUGGGUAGGACAAUAGUUCUAUUAUACAAAAAAAAUCAGAUGAGCGUCAGCACCCGCACGGCGGUGCUCUUGUCAAGCUUGAUUUUACUAUUUAGGUAUACCCAUCUCGUGAACAGACUCGGCUAAAGUUAACCCAAAGGUAUUUGUUUGCUUGGUUGUUUCUUUGCUUGCAGAAGAUCUUCUUACAUAUUUAAAAGAGAGAUUGGUUAUGUGAUUAUGUGGAACGAAUCCUUCCAUUCUGCUUGUAAUUGUGACGAAAGAGUACUCUACAAAUUAUGUAAUGAAAUAAGUUAUUUGACAAAUAGUUUUUUUACUAGACCAUGCUAAUUUAAAGUCAGCUCAACUUACCUUGUUUUACAAAUAAUACAUCAUUCCCAAUAUUGAGACAGUCUUAAGUUCUGUUUUCAUUAACUGCUUUAUGUAUAUAAUGUACAAAAUUCUCUGCUAGGUGUACUUGUGUAGUUCAUGUAUGCUAUAGAAUGUAUAAUUGUGUACAUUUGCUGACAAGUUGGGUGCAUAAUUGUAUGUGUUUAUGCUUAGAUUGAAUGUUUGCCGUGCAAGAACAUAAUCUCUAUUAAUUCUAAUUGAUACUGUAUGCUGUAAGGGGAGGUAAGCCUAUUUAUUAACUUGUCAGCAGGAUAUAUAUUCUGAAUUUUUUUAUUAUGGUUUUGUUUGUUGCAAAAUGUUUAAGAGUCAUGUCAGUCUUUUUAAAUCAUUUUUUGCCAAUUGAAAUUAAAUACAUUAUUGUACUUAAAUUGUACAAAAAGAAAUGUCAUAAUUUUGCUGUUUUUCCUCCAGUAACAAAAUGGAAAUAGGUAAAAAUAGUUUUUAAUUUAAGCUUGUAGCUUAACCUUCAGUCCUGAGGCAUUGGUCUAUGCUUGUAAAGUUGAAUGCAUAUUUGGAAAUAUUGUUUUAACUAACAAAAAAAGAUGUUUGAACUGGAAACACAGGUUCAUAAAUAUUAUACAAGUUUGUUAAUCUUAUGGUCUGUUUACAGGCUGUGUGACAGGUUAUUAUAUAUUUUACACUCUGAUUAGAAGUUGUAAUGUGUAAUGCUUGUGAUAUUUCUGCAUGAGUGAACACAUGCAGAAUAUUGUUACACAUAUAUGAUAUGCAGUAAUAAAAAAUAUUGAAAUGAU